AUGGCCACAACACCAUUCUUCCUCGCUGUCCUAGUGUCCGCAUGUCUGGCUCAGCAGUCAGGAUAUUCCACUGACAUAGAGUGCUACGAGAGGGUUGCAGUCGGCAAGAGGCUCAACGACACAGAAGUCGCCAACAGCAUCUCAGUAGCGACGGUCCGCCAGUGCGAGCAGGAGUGCGAGAGAACGAGAUGUCCUGCCUACAGCUUCGGGAUCACCUCGGGCGGGAACGGUACCUGCAAGCUGGCCUCGGAAGUGCCGAAGCUGGAACCAAUCACAGACAUCGACUACGACCUCUUCUACAAGAAUCCUUCUUGCCUCAACCAAUCAUCGUGCUUCAAGAGGAUGGUGGUUGGGAGGAGCCUCAUUGAGAGAUACGUGAAGAGGGCGCUUCUCUGCGACUCUUUGCGGUCUUGCGAAGACGCCUGUGAAACGGAAACUAAUUUCCAAUGCGAAGGUUUCAACUUCAAGUUCGAUCGAGAUGGAAAAGAAAAUCGCUGUCAGUUGACAGAUACAAAAAGUUCCAAGCUAGACGUCACUUCGGAUUUUAAUCCUGAUCCAAGUUAUGACUACUACGAAAGGGACUACAGCGGUCCUAGUCGUUGCUUCUACCGCCCAGGUCCUUAUGGAGGAGGCCCCUAUGGUGGAUAUGACUACGGUGGACGUCCAGGUGGUGGAUAUCCCGGUCUACCUGGUCCGGGCUACACAGGAGGAAGACCUGGUCCAAGCUACUCAGGAGGAAGACCUGGUCCAGGUUAUACAGGAGGUCGACCAGGUCCUGGCUAUUCAGGAGGUCGACCAGGUCCUGGCUAUACAGGAGGUCGACCAGGAGGAGGAUAUCCGGAUGGUGGUGGAUAUCCAAGUGGUCGCCCUGAUGGUGGAUAUCCAGAUGGUCGACCUGGGGGAGGUUAUCCCGACGAUCGGCCUGGCGAUGGGUAUCCGGGAGGAGGCAGACCAGGUGGCGGUCGACCUGGCGGAUUGUACCCGGGUGGCUACAGACCAGGAGGUUAUCCUGACGGAGGCCGGCCUGAAGGUGGAUACGGUCGACCGCCACCACCACAUCGGUACCCCAACGACAACGCAUUAGAGCCGCCUCAAGACAACGGUUAUCAGUAUGGUGGAGGUGCUUACGAGCUUGGUAGCGGAGGGGGCUUGCCAGAUGAAUGCUUCCUGCGGUCUCGGAUCGGGUUCAAGCUGGCCAGGGGCGUCGUCCUUGUCGCUCUGACGGUUCCUUCCGUAUACGACUGCGAAACUGAGUGUGUCAACGAGAAGAAGUUCCAGUGCAACAUUUUCAGCUACAGGUACUCAUUGAGCCCAACAGUUCCCGGCCACAAUUGUCAACUCGGAAGCCGUUCUCCAUCUCAGGUUGACAUCUACAAUGACAUCCUCCCAGACAGGGAUUACGAUCUCUACGAGAGGAACCCCAGCAGCAAGCCCAACUGCCAGCCUAAGAAAUACUGGGGCUCUGAAUGUUUUGAAAGAGUGCGCAGCGGACUCAAACUGAAAGGAGCGAUGGUUAAGUAUGCAAUGAAAGUUGCCAGUCUCAGUGAAUGUGAGACAGCUUGCCUCUACGUACCUUAUUUUACUUGCCGGGCCUUUAGCUAUAGAUAUGGCCCUCCAGUAAUUGGUGAGAGUGAUGACAACUGCCUCCUAACUGACCUACCAAUUCCAGAAAUGAAUGGCCAAACUCACUUAAGCAUCGAUCCAGAAUGUGAACUAUAUCAUCGAGGCAGCUAUGGUCACGGUUGCGAAAUCAGCAGGUACCCGGAUAGGGGUCAACUACCACCUAUUACAAUUGGUGCACCUGGAAGGCCUCAACCACCAGCUGGUGAACCCUACGGGCCAGCAAACGAGAUUCCAAGCACAUAUUUGCCUCCUGGGAAGACACCACCAAGCUACUACCCCAACCAGAAACCUGCUCAAGGCUACCUACCACCACAAAGGCCUGGCAUUGGCUAUGUGCCUCCAGAAAGGCCUCAUGGCUACAUUCCGCCCCAGCCCCCACAGCAAUCCUAUCCAGACCAAAGUUUUCCCCAUAAACACUAUCCACCAAAAUAUGAUGGAGCAUACCCACCGUCAAGGAAACCAGAUGGUUACUUACCACCUAAGAAAUAUGAUGGAUAUUACCCGCCCUCUCGGUAUGAUGGAUAUCAACCUCCUCAAGGGGCUGUAAACGUACAUGGACAGGGCUAUGGUUAUGGCAAUAGACCAGGUGAAACAUAUUUGCCACCAGGAAAAUAUGGCAUUGACACAAAACCAAGGCCCCGGCCAUCAGAUCAGUUGUGCUACAUACGCUACAGUAGUCCAGCCAGACUUCUUCCUUCAGCUAUAAAGAAUGCACUCUGGGUUCCUGGAGAGGCAGAUUGCAAGGAAGAGUGCACCAGAGCGAGGGAGCGGACCAAGUUUAGAUGUGCCACGAUCAGCUAUAAAGAUGGACAGUGUGAACUGAGCGAUGUUGAACAACGAGAUCUUCGACCUGGCUAUGAUUACUUGCACGAUAAAGAGGAUUUUUGGAUGUUCACGUGGGAUUUUGGAGCUCCGGGAUGUUAUAUGCCACCACCUCCUGGAAAGCCACCACUUCUUUCUGAGCCACACUAUCCAGGAGAUCGAGGCGUAGAAGAUACAUGGGCCAGGUUUACAGUGAAUGGGAUUCCCUGCCGUGCUGGCACUGUUUGUUCUCAGAACCAUGACAUUGGAGUUUGGACUUGUCCUAUUGAUAAUGGAGAUUGGGAUUAUUGCUGCAAAUCAGGUCAUCAAUGUGGAUAUUCGGAUGGCUUCAAUUAUCCAUGGUGCUAUGUUGGAAGUUCAGAUCGAGAACAGUGGCGCCCCUGUAGUGAUACAUACUCACCAUAUGCCCAUUCAGGAAGAAAAGCUCAUUGGCCCGUCGCUUACCUUCAUAGGGAAGGACCUCCGAACAUCACUGUGAACCACCGACCAUCAAUUGUGGAAUCUUUCCUUAGAUCUUUAGAAAAGUCUGGAUUUAGCUCUCCAAAAACAGCAGGUGAUGGUAGCCCUAAACCUCGUGAUGCAGGAGGUGUAACCAAUGAAGAUUCAGCUAUGGAGAAGCUAUUAAAGUGGGGUAAGACAGCAUUACAAAACCUUACUUCUUCUACUAUCGAACUGCAAGCCACUGCUAUGACACCUUUAACAACUGCUCAGCUGCCUCUUGACUCUAGUACUACUGCUCUGCCAACAACUGAAACUAGUAGUUCAGAAACUACAGCUUCUACGACAUCAUGA